AAUGCCCAUGGUGUUUGCAAGCGCAGAAAGAGACUUUCGGUUGGUCUGUGCGACCAAUGAUAUUCGUGUCUGAGGGGCGUGGAACAUAAGACGUUGGGGUUUGAACGCCUACAACGUUAGGUUAGGUUAGGUUUUGCAUUUAAUUUCGUCUGGAAAACAACACUAGGACUUUAAUUGUGGGGGGUCCUGCUAGGAUCUCAAUACCGCGAUACAUGGCGGCGAAUAUGUCUGUUAUCGUUGUCCUUUUGUGUGGGAUUCUUAUCCCCGUCGUAACGGCCGGGGAAGACUGUGAAGGCUAUUUAAAGAAAUCAGGACUUUAUGUAGCUAAGCGGGACUGUGGAUAUUUUCUGCACUGCUGUGGGACGUGUGAAAAUAGAUACUGCUGCGGGAACAUCCAGGAUACUCUGAGUGAGUCUGAACAGGACCGCUGCAAUUCAAGAAGAGACGAAGAUAACAAGAUGCGUUUUAACAUUUAUACUAGUGACACAAUGACCAUCUCCUUGUCCGUGAUUGGAGUCAUCAUCAUCUUGAUCAUCAUCAUCUGCUGCUGCGUGUGUCCAUGUUGUUGUUUGUACAACAUGUGUCGUAAACCCAGACCGGUGAUGACCACGACCACCCACACCACGGUGGUGAAUACCCAGUACCCCCAGCAGCCUGUCCAGUCCUACCAGGGCAGCCCCCAGUACCCGGCCUACCAGCCCGUACCUGCUCAGCAUGGUUACGGUGGCCACCCGCAGGCUGGCUAUCCGGCAGGACAGCCCAUGCCCACCGCGCCGGGGUACCAGGCCCCGCCCUGCCAGCCAGGGCCGCCGCCCCCCUACCAGGAGAUUGGUCCGGGCUAUCCACCUGCCAUUCCGGUGCCAUAUAGCCAGGCUGCCUUCAGCCCAGGACAGCCGUCCUACCCCCUCCAGCCUCCUUCCCAGCCCGGCUACCAGGCCCAUGCUGGUGCUCCCCCCGGUCAACUGGACUUCCUCUCCCCCCAGCCCCCUUACAACCCAGCCUUCACGGAUCCCCAGCCUCCCAAGUCUGGCUACUGACGCCCCCACCCGCCACCUCCCAUUCUGUGACCCGCCACCUCUCAUUCUGUGACCGACCGACUCGAGCCAUAAACGCAUUCAUGAUCAGGACGAUUCGCUGAGCUUCCCUGUCUGUCCCCUAUGUAGGCUGCUAUCCUGGUCAACAGUAGUGCCCUACAUGGGAAAGGGGUGCCAUUUGGGAUGAACCCAAUGUGUUUACUUUGUUUGGAGGCAGGAGUGUUGUUGCCUCACAGUCUUGUCCAAGAGUGGUAGAGGCUUGGUCAAGUCUUGGGUUGCGUUCAACAUGAAAACCUAUUCCUUGUGUUAUUUGCUACUUUUGAAAACGCUGGCAUUUUUUGUGUCGACCAGGCAUCUGCUGCGGCUGUGCACAUAAGUCUCCCAGCGGAAAAACACUGAGGGACCGUUUCCACUUUAAAACAUUUUCUCUUCUCUCCCGAUGAACAGGAGAAUAAGAUUAAAGAGUUAGGGUUUUAUUUUUUUUUACAUAUGCCUUUGAGAAUGUAUUUUUGUGUUCUACAUAUUACAGCGUUUAUUAGAGUUAAUUUUUUACUCCAGUCUCUUUUUGCCGAUUCAUCACCUGAUGUACUUAACAAACAGCACACCUCAUUCAGUUUUGAAGGAGGCUGGUAGGGCAGGUAAGCAUCGAGCCUCAAGGGAAGAUUGACAAUUUUCACGGCAAGAAACUAUUACCCCAAUAAAGUAUUGUCUCCAUGUUUAACAAAUUGUACACUGUCAAAAAAAAGAGUAGGCACAUACAUUUUUAUAGUUUGAAUUUGUUUUUUGACACAUUUUCAAUACAUUUAGUGUCUUCUCUUUUGAGAUUUCAGUGUUUAAGUCAAACCCAUCAGCAUGGUUGUUUCUGCCACACCUGCCAUUGGGAAAACUUUUAAAAGCAUGAUGAGAAUGGUGGUUGCUGUGCCUCCUACUGCCUGUUUUAAGUAGGCAACCCAAAACCUAAUCCGACAUCCAAGUUCCUUUUUCUACCACAUUUCAGGUAAAUAGCUACAUAACUCUUUUGAAAUUCAAUUAAUUGUCCUUAAAGAUUCCAUGUAGGAAGGGUUGACCUUUGAAAUGCAUCA